AUGCCCUCGACUCGCAUCUUCACGGGAAGGAACGUUUACCUCGGUGGUGACAGGUUACAGUCUGCGACCAUUAUUGUUGAUAUCCCCUCUGGCAAGAUAACCGACGUCCACACUGGCAUCCAUGGCAGAUCCAGCCUUCCAGCUCACCAGGACGCCGAGUGGGUUGAAGCCGGCGAUCACUACGUUCUCCCAGGUCUUGUAGACGCACACGUACAUCUCAAUGAGCCUGGACGUACAGAUUGGGAGGGCUUCUGGACAGGCACCCGUGCUGCUGCAUCUGGCGGCGUUACCACGGUUGUUGACAUGCCGUUGAACUCCAUUCCUCCCACGACUACGGUAGCACAUCUCGAAGACAAGCGUGCUGCUGCCCGUGGUCAAUGCUGGACUGACGUCGCUUUCUGGGGCGGCGUUAUACCUGGUAAUCAGGCACAUCUGCGGCCGCUGAUAGACGCAGGCGUGAAGGGCUUCAAGUGCUUUCUCAUUGAAAGUGGUGUAGAUGAGUUUCCGUGUGUUGCUGAAUCUGACGUAGUGCAUGCGAUGGAAGAAUUGAAGGACACGUCGACAGUGCUCUGUUUCCACGCAGAGCUCGACAUGUCACCGUCACGUUCGUCAAAUACUUCCUGGCCUCAGCCAGACCCAACACUUUACGACUCGUUCCUCUCUUCACGGCCAGACCAGCUCGAACUCGAUGCUAUCAAGCUUAUAACGGCAUUGCACGCGCGAUACCCUUCGCUCCGCCUGCACAUUGUGCACCUCUCUGCAGCCAGCGCGCUCCCGCUGAUCCGCGCAGCCAAGGCAAGCGGUCUGCCACUGACGGUCGAGACGUGUUUCCACUAUCUCUGUCUCGCCGCAGCAGACAUUCCCGCCGGGCGUCCCGAGUUCAAGUGCUGUCCCCCUGUGCGCGAUGCGACGAAUCGCGAAGAGCUGUGGGGAGCCUUGCUGGAUGGUACACUGGAUUGUGUCGUGAGCGACCACAGCCCGUGCGUGGCGCCGCUGAAGUGCCUCGACGACGGCGAUAUCAUGCGCGCGUGGGGUGGCAUUAGCACGCUCGGACUUGGCCUGAGCUUGCUGUGGACGGAAGGGAGGCGGAGAGGCGUGAGCAUUGGCCAAGUUGUAUCAUGGGUCUGUGAGAAGACGGCGUUACAUGCUGGCUUGCAGGAUCGGAAGGGACGCUUUGCUGUAGGCUUUGAUGCGGACAUCAUUAUCUGGGAUUCUGAGGCGGAAUUUACCGUGACGAAGGAGGCAUUGAACUUCAAGAACAAGUUGACUCCAUACGAAGGACUCAACCUCCGUGGACUCGUAGAGAAGACGUUCGUCCGCGGGCAACUAGUGUACGAUGCUGCGAAAGGAUUCAAGGGCUUAGAGCCGAUCGGGAGGUUGCUGUAA